GCCCGGACGCGCUUCCCCGAGCUGAGGCCGCUUCCGGGGCAGCGCCGGGGCCGCUCUGCGCCGGCCUCGCUGCUCUCGGUCCGCCCGGAGCCGCGGGGGCCGCGCCGACCGCCGGCGUCAUGUCUGAGGAAGACAGUGGUGAAAAUCUGAAAGAUGAAACCUCUUACGAAGCUGAAAAUGAACAGAAGACAGAGGAACUUGGCUGCUCUGAGAGCAGUGAAGGGAGAGAACAAGCGACUGUGCCUGUGACUCGGAAAAGACCUGAACCCAAGCCCCCAAGCCAGCCUGCUGCCACAGAAAAGCCUGCAGCUGAAACCUCCAAGGUCUCAGAUCCUCCUGCAGUUCAGACAGGGUGGGGCUACUGGGGAAGCUGGGGGAAAUCUCUUCUGUCAACUGCAUCUGCUACCGUAGCUACUGUAGGUCAAGGUAUUUCCAAUGUCAUAGAAAAAGCAGAAACAACUCUUGGGAUCCCCAGUCCUAGUGAAAUCUCAACAGAGUCUAAAGAUGCUACAAGAGGAAGUGAGAAUCCUUCUGCCAGCAACGGUGAUGCAGCUGAUGAUGGCAGCUCCUUCCCUAUUGCUGGGGCUCUUGAAGUUUUAUCAACCAUCUCUACUGCUGUCCAAAGCACAGGUAAAAGUGUUAUUAGUGGAGGUCUGGAUGCCUUGGAAUUCAUCGGGAAAAAGACAAUGGAUGUAAUAGCUGAGGGAGACCCUGGAUUCAAAAAAACAAAGGGCCUAAUAAACAGAACCUCUACGUUAUCUCAGGUCUUACGAGAGGCAAAGGAGAAAGAAGAGCAGCAGACAGCUACCGAGGUUACCAUGGCUACUGAGAAGAAAGCCCAUUAUGGGUUACUGUUUGAUGAGUUUCAGGGUCUUUCGCAUCUGGAGGCCUUAGAGAUGCUUUCCAGAGAGAGUGAAUCAAAGGUGAAAGCAGUUCUGAAUGCCCUCUCUGGAGAGCAGUUGGACACACUUAAGGAGGAAAUGGAACAACUCAAAGAAGCAUUUUCUUUGCCUGAAUUCUUUGAAGAAGAAGAGGAGGAAAAGAAGGGAGAUGAGGAGUUCACAAAAGAAGUGACAGAGUUGUUUUCAGAACUGCACAUCUCCUCCACACCAGACAAAGUGAUCACGGUGAGGACAUCUGCUCAUGAGUGGAUAGCACGAUUCAACAGCAGUCUUCCUAAAGAAGAAAAAGAAAGUGAAGAAAAUCAAGAAGUAGAAUCCAGAGAUGGUGACCAGGAUGCUAAGAAAUCAGUGGAGGAUAUUCAUGCAUUUGCCAUAAGAAGCCUGGCAGAACUGACAGCCUGCUCCAUUGAAAUGUUUCACAAAACUGCAGCUUUAUUUCUCUAUGGUCAGAAAGAGGAGGUGACAGCCACAGACAGAGCCAAGUCUCUUUCACAACUGACGAUCAUGCUGUGUAAAGAACUGUCAGCUUUCUCUAAAGAGUUCACAACAUGCUUAACGACUGUAGGGGUCAAAGAGAAAGCAGAUGUGCUUAAUCCCUUAAUCACUGGAGUGUUUUUGGAGGCUUCAAACAGUGCUUCCUAUAUCCAAGAUGCCUUCCAGCUCUUGCUGCCUGUACUGCAGAUCUCUCUUAUUGAGGCUAGAACGGAACUAUCACAGUAAUAAAAAUCCUUCUAAUUAAGAACUUUCUGACCUUCCCACUUCGUAGUUUCCGUGCUGGAGAAUGAUGUAAUGGCUCUUAUUAAAGGGAAAAAGAUGAACUCUGCUCACUGCUGCUGCAAGAAUGGUGAUUAAGUGCAGUCUGGCAAUGACAGCUCUUACAGCACACUGAGAGAUGUGAUUAGCAUAGUCCAGGCUGGUGGACAACGUGACAGACUUAAAGUGCAGAUUGCUCCUCUGUUUCAUGGACUGUCUGUGUCUUUUCACUGAAAUCUCUCUGCUGUAUGUGUUAACAAGCUCUUUGUGUUCACAGUCCUGAGAGCUUCUCCUGUGCUGAAGAGAGGAGUAGCAGCUGGCUAGUUAGAGUUAGCUAAAAUCAUGGUGUGAUUUUUAAGUCAGACGUAAUUGGGUUCCUGAUAGCUCUGCCUUCGUGUUGAAGUGAAUAUUGGAUAGGAGGUGCAAGAAAAGGCAAAUUUUUGUGAUUAUGAACGUUGCAGUUCCUAGACUGGGCAGAAUAGAGCAGAGAGGAUUCCUGAUCAAGCUGUUGUUGCUGAAGAGAAGCUCAGCUUCCUGAAGAUGUCUGUACUGACUCAGGGAUGUGGGACAGGGACUCUCACCAGGGGGCUGUUUCUCAUUCUUUCACACUGUGCUUGCUUCAGCACAAGCUGGGAAAAUGCUGAUCUGGCCCUGAGAAUGCAGGUACUUGGCUUUAUAGCAAUAAAUGAGAGCUGACUAAAAGGGA